AUGGAGACCCCUAGGUCAGAUCAGACCCACACCAAUGGAACUAGUACGACAGCCUCCAUCGGGUCUAACAACUAUAAACAACCCAAUGAUUACCUCGACCUACCAAUCCGCGAAGUCAACGAUAACGCCGAUUUACGCGAAUACACCACCGAGACGAGGACAGGGGAAAUCAUCAAGCCGGUCAAGUCCAAUGCUACUGGCAAAAUCGAAGAUUGGAAGAUGGUAACCUUUACCAUCGAUGAUCCGGAGAACCCUAAGAACUGGUCGAAGGCUUACAAGUGGUACUGUACCAUGGUGGUUGCCUUCACGUGUUUUGUCGUCGCCUUUUGCAGUAGUGUCAUUACAGCCGACGUUGAGGGACCCAUCGAGGAAUUCGGUAUCGGUCGUGAAGUUAGCUUGCUUGUUAUCACUGUUUUCGUUAUUGGAUUCGGUAUUGGACCCAUGGUCUUUGCUCCACUCUCAGAGAUAUUCGGACGUCGACCUGUCUACGCCUCGACCCUUGCACUCGCUGUGAUUUUCGUCAUUCCAUGUGCCGUUUCUAAGAACAUUGGAACUCUCAUUGUCUGCCGUCUGAUCGAUGGAAUCGCUUUCAGUGCUCCCAUGACACUAGUCGGUGGUACUCUAGCUGAUCUGUGGAAGAACGAGGAGCGUGGUGUUCCGAUGGCAGCAUUCAGCGCUGCUCCCUUCAUUGGACCGGCCAUCGGCCCACUUGUUGGUGGCUUCCUGGCUGACAAUUGUGGUUGGCGCUGGCUUUACUGGAUCCAGCUUAUUUUGUCCUUUGUCGCCUGGGUCCUGAUCACUUUCACUGUCCCUGAGACAUUUGCACCAAUUUUGCUGAAGAAGCGAGCCCAGAAACUUCGCAAGACUGAGAACGACCCCAAGUAUACCACCGAAACUGAGCUCGAUCCUCGCCCCAUGAGUGAGAAGUUGCGCAUCUUCCUCUUCCGCCCUUUCCAGCUUCUAUUCCUCGAGCCCAUUGUCUUGUUCAUUUCUCUCUACAUGUCGGUCAUUUAUGGCUUGCUUUACAUGUUCUUCGUUGCCUACCCAAUUGUUUACCAGGGUGGCAAAGGAUGGAGCGCGUCUAAUACCGGUCUCAUGUUUAUCCCUCUGGCUAUCGGUGUGAUCUUUAGCGCAGCCCUUGCUCCUUUUGUCAACAAGCACUAUCUUAAGGUCUCCGCAGCAUACGGUGGCAAGCCUCCAGCCGAAAAGCGUCUGAUUCCCAUGAUGUGGGCUUGCUGGUGCGUCCCUGCUGGUCUUUUCGUCUUCGCCUGGACUUCCUACCCCCACCUUCACUGGAUGGGACCGGCGAUGGGAGGCUUCAUUCUUGGAAUCGGUAUUAUUCUGCUCUACAACUCUGCCAACAACUACCUUGUUGAUACCUACCAGCAUCAAGCAGCAUCUGCUCUCGCAGCCAAGACUUUCAUCCGUUCUAUCUGGGGUGCCUGCACCGUCUUGUUCACAGAGCAAAUGUACGAGCGUCUGGGUGACCAGUGGGCCAGCUCGCUUCUUGCAUUCAUCGGCUUGGGUUGCUGCGCCAUCCCCUAUGUGUUCUACUUCAAGGGAGAGUCCAUUCGUCGUUUCUCGAAAUUCGCCUUCCACGACGAUGAGGAGAAAGCCACCAAGGCAUAA